AUGUUGAACCGGUCGACGUUGCUGGUGUUGGUGCUGUGCACCUACUACUGUCUGACAUUUGAACGUGUGUCAAGCUGGCUGAUACGUAGUGGUGAACCAGUGCAACAACGCACUGAAUUCCCCUUCAUCGCAUUUCUAACGACAGAGAGAACAAUGUGCACAGGCUCAUUGGUCUCGCAGAGGGCAGUACUCACAGCUGGUCAUUGUGUUUGUUCACCGUUGCCAGUGAUCCGGGCUUCGUUUCUCGCACUGAGGAAUGGCGACCAGAAUGCCAUCAAUCACCAACCAUCUGGAGUCAAGAUAGCACCGCAAUACAUGCCCUCUUGUAAUGCGUUACGAAGCGGCAGAACCCCACAACAGUCACUCAGCGGAUUUGACGUUGCAAUUGUAAUGCUCGCACAAAUGGUCAACUUACAGAGUGGAGUCAGAGUGAUCAGUCUGGCACAGGAAUCGGAUAUCCCAGCACCAGGAACUGGUGUUUUGAUUGUUGGUUAUGGGAGGGAUGAUAACGACCGCGAUCCGUCACGCAAAAAUGGUGGAAUUCUGAAGAAGGGUCGAGCUACUGUUAUGGAGUGCCGACACGCCACCGUCGGCAAUCCUAUCUGUGUGAAAUCAGGUCAGAAUUUCGGUCAAUUACCCGCUCCAGGUGACAGUGGUGGACCUCUGCUUCCGUCUCCUCAAGGUCCAGUGCUUGCUGUGGUAUCACAUGGCGUCACACAUACCAUGUACCCCGACAUCAUUGUGGAGUAUGCCAGUGUGGCCAGAAUGUUGGAUUUCGUGCGUCCCAAUAUUUGA